AUGUCCUUCAAGCUCUUUGCUAUCGCUUCGCUCGCACUCUCUACUCUUGUUUCUGGCUCUCCGGUCGAGACCGGUCUCGCCAAACGCGAUGCUGAGACCUCGUUGAACAAGCGUUUCAAUGUGCUCAAAGGCCAAUGGGAUUCCGAGAACCUAAAUAACAAUUAUUACAUCCUCUACAACAACCUCUGGGGAAAAGACGCGGGCAGCGGCUCCCAAGAAACUCAGGCGACCUCGGUCAAUGGCAAAAAAGUAGCAUGGAAGACUACCUACAACUGGUCCGGUGGACAGUACAACGUCAAGAGCUACUCGAACGUUGCUCUGAACAGCGGUCUUGGCAAGAGGCUGUCGGCGAUCAGCUCCAUCCCGACCGGAUGGUACUGGACCUACUCGUCCGCAUCUUCCUCGCUUGUUUCCAAUGUUUCUUAUGACCUUUGGCUGAGCACUUCAGCAUCCGGAUCGAACACUGACGAAAUCAUGAUUUGGCUCAGCGCUCGCGGAGGUGCUGGCCCCAUUGGUUCUCAAAUUGCCACCGCCUCGGUCAACGGCGUUAGUUGGAAACUGUUCAAGGGUACUGUCUCUACCUGGACAGUCUGGUCCUUCGUGGCUUCUUCGGAGCUCACAGGGUUUAACCAGGACCUCAAGCCUUUCUUCACCUAUCUUAUCAACAGCCAAGGUCUCUCCAACUCCAAGUAUUUGACUGGUGUACAGGCCGGAACCGAGCCGUUCGUUGGAUCUGCAACACUCACUACUACCGAAUACAGCGUUACCGUCAACUAA